CUAUAUCAGACAGUGCCAUCUUUAGUGAGGACACAUUGUUCCAGUCAACACUUCCUAUGGUGAGACGGAUCCACUGAAGGCAUGUCCAGCCAGGGUGAAGGAUGGUCACACAGAGGAGCAGACGCUGUGUGAUGCUGCUUCUCUCUCUCACCCCAUCAAUCUUCCCCCCUCUGCCCAUCUCCUUCCGCCCUGCUCUCACCCUCUCCGCCUGGCCUGCUGUAUCAUUAUCUGUAACAGCCUCCACCCUUCCUGUUGGCAACACCAGCAUAUCAACCAUUUCUAACGCCCUCCCCACUCCUGCGAUCACCUCCACCAUCAGCCCAACAUAUUUUGACCAAACUUCCACCAGAAAAAGCAUAAUUUCCUCAGAUGACUUGCUUGCUAAAAAAGCCCCUCUGUACGAAAACCCACUAUGCAAUUCGUCCAAAGUGACUCCUGUGUCUUCUGACAAACUACCUCUUCACACGGCUGAACAUCCAACAAGUUCCCCAUCUUCUCCUCUACCUCAAAGUUCGUCUACCCAACAUCCCUCUACUGUUUCAACAUCAUUCCUCUCCGCAUCCUUCUUAACCACUCAAACAUCACCGCCUCCUUUUGCCAAAACUUCACCCAAAAUCCUCACAUCUCCCCCAGAAGCAGCAUCCCCUCGUCGGAGCAAACCACUUCUGCCUCCCCCCCUCCACCACACCACAGUCCCGAUGUUCCAGCACCAGCCUUUCAUUGUGAGUUGGAACAUUCCUGAUCGGGUGUGUAAGUGGUACAACAUCUCACUGGACACCUCGCCAUUUAAAGGAGUGGCAACACCUGCUAAGGUCCCAGGUCAGUUCCUGUCUCUGUUCUACACUGACCGGCUGGGUCUUUACCCACAUGUAGACCUGACCAGUAGGAAACAGCUGAACGGUGGCAUCCCACAGAGAGGGGACCUGAGGGCCAGUUUGAACAAGGCCAGAGCCGACAUCAACUACUACAUCACAUCCAAGACGAGCCAAGGCCUGGCUGUGAUCGACUGGGAGGAAUGGCGCCCCCUGUGGGACAGGAACUGGGGCGCUAAGAGAAUCUACCAGACUCUUUCUGUGGCUCACCUCCUGCAGACUGAGCACUCCCUAAAUCUGCAGCAGGCCACAGAAAGAGCCAAGACUCAGUUCCAGGUGGCAGCUAAGAGUUUGAUGUCCGGGAUGUUGGCGAUGGGCCGAGCCAUGAGGCCUAACUACCUGUGGGGCUUCUACCUGUUCCCUCACUGCUACAACUACGGCUGGGAGGAGCCUUUUUACACCGGCCGCUGCCCCAGGGAGGUGAGGAGGCAGAACGACGAGCUGCUCUGGCUGUGGGAGUCCAGCUCCGCGCUCUACCCCUCCAUCUACCUACAGGUCUCUCUGGCUGACAAUCCCAGAGCUGCCCUGAUGGUGAGGAACCGUAUUCAGGAAGCGCUGAGAGUGUCUGCCCUGCCCCAGGGACAGGGAGGAACCGCGCCUGUGUUUGCUUACAUGAGAGCUGUCUUUGUUGACGAGAACAAACGCUUCCUCAGCCAGGCAGACUUGGUCAGCACCCUUGGGGAGAGUGCAGCAGUGGGGGUGUCCGGUGCCGUGCUGUGGGGGGCCAGCGCUGACUACGAUGACCAGACGUCUUGUGCCGCCCUCUCCUCCUACCUCACCUCCACCCUCAACCCUUACAUCACCAAUGUCACCGUAGCCGCCCAGCUCUGCAGCAACUUCCUGUGCCGAGGGAAUGGCCGCUGUCUCCGAAAGAACUACAACUCAAAUCACUACCUCCAUCUAAACCCCGAGAAUUUCAGGAUCUUGCAUGUUCAGAAGCACUUCCUUGUCCUGGGGAGACCUUCCCUCUCAGACUUAAAGGCUUUCAGCAGGGGGUUUAGCUGUCAGUGCUACACAGGACUGAGCUGCUCUCCCAGGACUGACAGAGAGCUAACGAAGGCCCUGACAUUUAGUGUGAAGCAAGGACUGUACCAGAAAUUUCACACUCUGAAUAAAGCUAUGUUGGAGGAUACAAAACAAGCCGGUUUUACCAAGGACAAUGGUCAAACGAAUCUGAAAGUUUAGCUUGUUGUUGUUGUUUUACCUGAUGUUCUUUCACACUUCUUAAACCAAACAUUCAGACCUGGGAAUUACCUGGUUUUGUCAUAAUCCAGUGCUGGUCACAUCAUCUGUUAUUUUUAAAGUACUUACCUCAUCUUGCCUGCAUAUUAUGACCACUGACAUAAUGUUACAUGUGCCAUAGUCUUGCCAAAGAACACAGUAUUGCCAAAUCUCCAACCUACAAACAAAAACUCUGCAGUAUAAAGUGAGAAGCUGCGACAAUAGUAUUCCCUCUGCUUGGUAUUUGCAUUUGAUUUGACUGUAUAUGUAAAUAAUUACAAAGUUGUUGGUUCUGCGAUGACCUUGAAUGUCACAAUACACAGAGCGUG